AUGUCUUGUACUUCGAGUAAGAUUAUAUUUCUUUCUGCUGUUGUUUCUUUUGUUUCAGCGCUUCUUCAGACACUGCCCAGCAAUGCAUUUAUUUAUAGCGAGGAAAAAGGAAUGGUGGAAGCUGUAUUAUUCACGGACAAAUUGUCCCAAUUUCACGAACCAUACAAUUUGUUGCAUCUCAAAGAUGCGCACAUGGCCAUUCACUGCCAGUUGAGAAAUCGAAGCUGGGAUACUAAAAGCUCUCGAAAUGCGUUGGUAAAGCUUUAUUCAGGACAAGGCAUGUCUCCUACUGUCACUUUCGUAACGUUAGACUGGUCAAAGUCGUACAAAAUCGAAGAUCUCGUUGAGGACGGUAGCGUUUAUUGGACACUGAACAUUUCAAAACACGAACUACUCGAGCACAGCCAAGGAGCGAGCAACGGCAAAGAACCGUGGACAUACAAAGUUGAACUUGGGCUGAAUCUCAACUUGUUUGAGUCUUGGGGAACGGUUGUCAUCCCAGACAUAGAACCUCUUCUUUCUGUGGAAUUUGGCGAUGAUGUUACCGAAAAUAUCGCAGUUUCACCACCAAACAAGGCUCUAUUUUGGCAGCAUCCUUGCACCCCUGGGAUAGCAAUCUUUGUGCCGUUGCAUAGAAGCGAGCAGUCUUUUACAGGUAAGCUGUAUUGGUCAUAAUUUGGGUGUUCCAUUGGGGGCAUUUCUUUGAAAAUAAUACGAGGAAUAAUCGUUCUCCAAAACGGCCGUUGAGGGUGCUGUCCCAAAGUCCAGGCCAAGAAAUAGGGAGUUCAAGGGCGCCCAAUAGCCAGGACUUUGGGAUUCCGGAGUGACUAGUGCGACUCUGUGUUUUUUGAGAUCACAGGAGGCAAGAAUUUAGUUUGAAACCUUUGGUUUGAAAUUCUUCAGACAGAGAAAUUCACAUUUUUGGUCCCAAAAUUGUUCCAAAUGUAAUUUCAAAAGGUGCUUACCAAUCUGUAUAGAAAAAUUUAGAGCUUUAAGAUUGGUUAACUAUGCUGGUUCUUUAUUCAGUUAGCUUAGAUAACCAAAUGCUAAGUUGAAAGAUUUGAAAUGUAGCCAUCAGUUCAGUUUCUGCUAAAUAUUUCUUGGCAAUGUUUUAAAACAUUGUGGCAAAAUGUAAGUUCUCAUGAUUGCUAUUCUUGUAUCAGGGUGCUAUCUGGCAGUUACUUUUGGACGUUUUGCACAAAACACUACUCACUGGUAUGAUCUUCUUCACCAUUCGGCACAACAACCAGAUGUAUACUCCAUCUGUAAGGAGCCAUCAUUUGAAAGCUGCGAAGGAUUGACAAUCUUAGACUUAACAGUGGUGGAUGGAUGCCUUUUAUUAGUUACUACCAAGGGUCUAAUAAAGUCAGAGUCGUUUGAGAUGGCCACAAAAGGAGUUAAUAAAACAAAGGUACCAUAACAUGUGCAUGCAUUCAGUUUCCCUCAAUCUGACUUAAAGGUACUUCAUAAUAUAGGAUAACUUAAUUUUUGGAAGUUAGCAUUUUUACCCAUCAUGAUUAUUAUUGCUGUCAUCAUCUUCAUUGUUUGUAGUAACCUACUGCUUUACUUGAGUGAAAGUUGUGUGCCUGAGGUAUCUAGGGUAGCUUUUGCUGUACUUGGCAUGCCAAUGCUUGCAAGCAGUUUUGAGCCUCCAUUGCAGGAACCCAUCACACAUUACCGUGGAAGGCAAAAAUAAGUAGACGGGUGGGUGUAGGAUCAGGGAAUGCUAAUACAAAACUGCUGGGAGGCUGUAGAACCAGUUCUUUCAGCCAACUGAUAUGAAACAGAUCUGAAAAGUUGGAAAUUUUUAUACCGGCAAGUACCUUAAUUGCAAUGCAAAGUAGUAACACUGUAUGUGAUCCUGACUUUUCCAGUGAGUAAGGGCCACUGCACUGACUGGAAGAGGCCAUUAACCUUGUGGUGGCUUUGGAAUCUUGUAUAGAUGUUUGAACUUAAUGUGAAAGUUUUUGGCAGUUACAAAAACACGCAACGCAUAAGGGAACAAGAACUCCCAACCAUAAUUAGAUAUAUUGGGAGAACAUCUUGAGCUUGAGGAAAAAGGAACACUGCUAUGUUUUCAACAAAAACAAAAUUAAACUGUUUUUAUUAUUUUAGGUGAAGUUUUACCAUGUGACCAACAUCCACUCUGUUCUUGAUGAAACCUUUAAACAGGGAACAGCAAAGUAUGGAAACAUUAAGCUGCACUACACAUCUCAGUGUGACAGCCAUGACCUGCCAAAACAAAAACAUGUGGUGUAUUUGGUUUACACACACACAAGGGUUGAUGGUGAUCAUUCCAUUCUCCUUACAAGUGAACCUCCAUUUGAUAAAUGGUCUUCUUUGGAUUUUCCUUACUUGCUGACAAGUAUGUUACUUGGUGUUGCAUGGGAUCUCCAAAGAAAUACAGUGGUAUUACUCAUGAAAGAUGCACUGGAGGUUAAGAGGAUUUUCUUCACAUAUCUUUGUUUAUCUUUUGUCUUUCUACUUACAUAUUUCUCAGUUGCUUAUUACCAUGUUCUUGAUUUGAGUUUUCAAUGGGAUUGGACAGUGGAGAUACAAUGCCGACCUUUAUAAACAUCUUAGUUAAAUGACACAGCUUGCAGGUCAUUUAAAUGGAACAUAAUGGUCAUAACCAUUCCUGGAAUACUGUUAUGCAGUCUAUAGCAAACUUUCUCCUCGUUCAAUUUCCUAAAUAUAUAACUGAGACAAGAAAGAAACCCUCUGUGGUAGCAUUACUUUUUUGAGAGAGUGGUGGGGGUGGAGGAGGUGCUUAUUUGAGUGUGGUGUUUAUUUGCUUGUUUCAGCUAUGCUGCGGGGGGAGACUCUUAUUAAGGAAAAGGUUCUUGUUGGGAUGUGAAUUAUGCUUUCCGAAAGGAAUUAUGGUAUUGGUUUUGUCAGUGUUGAGUGUUUAUUUAGCAGUUAGGAGAAGUGGACCUUGAUUGCAGUGCUAGAUCCAAGGAAGUUGAUCAGCACAGUAGAAUUACCAGUCAUGAGAUACUUUUAUUAAUAAUGAUUCAUUUUGCAUAUCGUUCUAAACAGGACCAUUCCUUGGUUGCAGUUAUUGAUCCACAAUCCCAACAACUUUUGCAGCCAACGUUUCGAUUUCCACAGUAUGUCAACUUACAAAUGAUAUCUUUCCAUGCUCAUACCCAUGUGAUUUUUGUCUAUGGAUCUGAGGUAAGUAAAUAUGAAACAUUAAGCAAAUAUAUGGUAAUUCGUUCUUCAAUCCAUCCACAUAAUCCACCUCUGGCAGUCAAACCACCCUCUCCUCCCCCCCCAUUGAACUUUCGUAUUGUCCAUCCAGGUAUCAUAAUGUAGCCUGCUCCAGAUGUUGGGAUGGUUGGGAGCUUCGCGAAGUAAAUAAAGCGAGAAAAAGUGGAGGAGGGACUUGGGAGAGCAGCGAGGGAACUCGUUUUCAUUUUUUCGCGCCCCUUUUUACUUCGCGCCCCCCUCCACUAUUUGAACGCCUGGAACAGGCUAGGGAUAAUGUUAUGCAGAUUUAAGACUUUUGCUCUCGUCACCUGCACGGUUUCGUAAGAGCAUAAUCUAUGCACCCACCAGGCCCACCACCCCAUUCAACUUUCCUUAUCGUCCAUACAAGCAUAUUAUUAUGCAUAUUGAAGACUUUUCCAAUCUUUAACUGUGUGGUUUCCUAAGUUCCUAAUCUAUCCACCCACUAGUCCCCCCAACUUCCUAUUUUCUGUUCCUGCGUAAAAUCGUGAAUUGUUUUCAUUUAAAACUUCCAUUUUAUUAUUUAACAUUUAAGAGUCCUUCAUAAAAUCGUUGUUGCGAGAAACGAGCCGCUCUCUGGCAAUUCUAGCAAAUAAUCAUUUUUUGUCGUUCUCUGAACGAUGAUUAUAAAUAUUUAAUUUUGUACAUUUUAUCCUGUCGUUGCAUAAGUUGUAGAGGUUGCGUUGGCUCACUUAAAGCUUAGUGUGAGAAGUUUUUUCCUCUGAAAAGAAGAAUUUCCAAUUACUUUGUUAGCGUCAUACAUUUGUUACUUUAGUUCUUCUUGUGAUCUAAAUCUUUAUUCCUUGGUGCAAUGUACCAAGUACCUUGAAGGUGGAUUGCAACUACUUUCGACAGCACCUACACUGUAUAAAGCAACUGGAUUUGCCGUUCAAUUUAAAUUAAAUUGUCUUCUUAUUUCAUUACCACUGAAAUAAAGAAAUUCACAAAUGUAUCCUUCUGAAAAAGAGAUUCCAACAUGCAGUAUUUGGAACAUAUAGGUGUGGCUCUCACUCGAUGGAGGGAACUCGUUUAUCCCGGUACUGGACAGGUACUUGAGGGGUGAUGCUGUGACAUCACUGUUUGCUAACACAUUGGGAGAUGGUUUUGUACUGGUUACAGACCGUGGUGCCGUGUACAGUGGCUGGUCGGGAAUUCCACGGGUUAGCCAGAUUGAACAAGCAAGCACAAAUUCCAGCUGCCUCUUCAAGAUUGCCAACUUUCGGCAGCCAAAGUCAACAAACGUAGUGUGCAUACGGAACGCCUCUAAUGCUUUAGACUUCAUUACCUAUACAAUUGAUUUAGGAUUAAGGAUUCAAGCAGAUACGAUUCUCCUUUUCAGGCCACUUCUUGUUACGUUUAUCACAGAAAGAGAAAUACAUUUUACUGCAUUUUGUGGCGACGCGUUUUUCUCAGACCAGAUUAGCUGCUCCAAUUCUUUCCUUUUGUCUGAUGUUGGACGCGUUCUACGAAUGCGAAAUGGUGGUUCUGUCAUGAUAACUAACGUUGAACAAAGUGAAACAGAUCCAGAUGAUUUCAGUCCUCGUGUGACUGGUCGUAUCUUAAAACCAAUCCCAUUUGUAAAGGAUUCAGAAUCGCCAGCACUUAAGUUUACCUUGCAAGUAAACAUUACGGACUCUUAUGCCUAUUUACAGUUGCAAAACUCUCUCAACUAUUCAGGCUGGCAAGGUGAGGACAUUGGAAAGACAAUUCAUCUUCCCAGCGGAAUCAAUCUUAUUGUAUCUUCUUGCAGUAGCAUUUCAUCUGCAAUUGGCCGGCUACCGGUAACAUGGAACAAUACUAUAACAUACUUCGGGAUAUUCGAAGAAGGCACUUGGUUUCUUAUAGACUUUCGUCCUUUUCACGCCCUUCGUCCUACCGGCUCUCCUGUACUUUACAUUAACGGCAGUCUGGCUAAAAUAGUUAAUGGAUCUGAGCAUUUUUCAUUCACAAGUGAAAUGAUAGGAGAAAUUAUCAAACACGAGCACGGGUGGGGAAGCAUCGCUGCUGUUAUCAGCAACACUUCAGUCAGUAUCAUAACUUCUUACAACUCCACACCAGAUAAUUUCACAAACAAGUGGGGUAUUUACAAGGCGCAAGUCGACAGUGAUAAAUAUACUGCUUACAUUCCGUCUCCUCAGCUUCAAGGUUGGUGGCUAGCAGAGGACAAGUGUCGGUAUUUUCUUGUUGAAGACCCGCCUAGUAGGCUCGAACUGUAUCAUUUGGAUUCUGGGGAGAAACUGUCCUUCACCCUCCAAGCAAUUAGCAAAGGCACUGCCGCAGAAAGCCCAAUGGAACCUAUGUUACGACUCUAUGUUGGAAACACUCUUUUGUUUCAUGUAAACUCACAUUAUACUUUCUUCAACAUGAACAAUACCUUACAUGUUACUUUAACAAAGAGACCCUUUAUCAGUGGGAUAUCAUCAGUUUCUGUGAGACUUCAUCAAAUUGCUUCUCUGUUAUGCAAGGAGGCGUCAUACACAGUACACGGAGGCUGUCCGCCGUCUAAAAAGUUACGUUUUCUGUACCCAGUGUUGUUCUCUUUGAAUGACUUCUUGAACGGAGAAGUCACCGACUAUAAAGGAAUCCUGAGGAACAUGAAGCUGCCAUUUAACUACAGAGCUCCCUCCUCCAGGGGUAAAGCAAUACCGAUGUCUGAAAAUACGUAUAAUGUCGAUCCACAGAAACCGCUCUAUAAAACCACAUACGCCGUAACACGGAAUACGCUACGUUAUAAACAAUGCAAAGGGAAACAAUAUCGUUCUGAGUGUGGUUGUACUGACGAAAUGAGAGGGUCUUCACUGGUAAUACACUCCGAUUGUAUAGAUACCGUGUAUAGUAUGAUGUUUAGUGAAACUCUCACACCGCGUUUCGUUCUUUUACAAGAAAGCAGAGAUACGCAUCCUCUUAGCUUUCCAUUUUAUCUCGAAGAACUAAAUCAAAGGAAGGAUUUCAUGAUUAUCUCACCUAGCGAGUUAACAUUCUCAGAAAUCUCUUCACCAGUGCUGAGUCAAGACCUGAACAGUUCUAUACAGUUUGAAGGCUCGGGUUUAUACCACUUUCGUGCUCAUGUUGUGCAGAGUAACUACACAUUCUGUGCUUUGACCGACGAAUUUAUGGUAUAUGUUGUUGACACACCCUUACCCUUUCCAGUUAAUGACAUUGUACGGGCCUGUACUGGAAUGGGAUUCGUAACUUUGUUGUUUGUCGUUUUUAUACGCCAUUUUCAUGGAAAGAAAAAGAUGAAAAAUGAUUAG